CCAAUUAGAUGAGGGUUGGGUUAAAAUGUGACUUGUCUAGUGUGUCCUGUAUGUAUACCUACCGUACAGGUCAAAAGCAGGGUAUAUAUAUGUGUACUUGUGCAGGGAAGCAGACAGUCAGUCUCAGAGGAACAACACAGCAGCUGCAAAUACUUCAUCACAAUGAGGGUCAUUAGUAUUGGUCCAGACCCAUCCCUGGCAUAUCGGCCGGACUUGGAGAAGAAUGAAAACAAAGUGAAGGAAGACUACAGGAACUUUGAGACUGGAAGCCUCAUUGACCGAGUCUUCAGGACAUAUAAGUUGAUGCACACCAACCAAACCCUGGACUUUGUAAAGAAAAAGCACUAUGAGUGGAGCGGCUGCAGCCACAGUCAGAUGGGGAUAAUGGACGCCGUCAUGUCCCUGGACCAGGUGGUGGAUGAGUCCGACCCUGACGUGGACUUCCCCAACUCCUUUCACGCCUUCCAGACCGCAGAAGGCAUCCGCGAAGCCCACCCUGACAAAGACUGGUUCCACUUGGUGGGUCUGAUUCAUGAUGUCGGGAAGAUCAUGGCUCUUUGGGAUGAACCUCAGUGGGCUGUAGUGGGCGACACCUUCCCAGUGGGAUGCAAGUACCAAAACUCCGUUGUGUUCAGAGACACCACCUUCCUCGAAAACCCAGACGACAAAGAUCCAAGAUACAACUCUGAAUAUGGGAUCUAUGAACCGAACUGCGGGCUGGACAAAGUCCUCAUGUCCUGGGGCCAUGAUGAGUAUCUCUACAGAGUUCUGAAGUUCAACAAGUGCCAGAUCCCAGAGGAGGGACUGUACAUGAUCCGGUUCCACUCAUUCUACCCCUGGCACACUGGCGGGGACUACAUGCAUCUCUGCAACGACAAAGACCUGAGUAUGAUGCCCUGGGUCCAAGAGUUCAACAAAUUUGACCUGUACACAAAGACCACCAACAUGCCCGAUGUUGACGAGCUGAAGAGCUACUACCAGUCUCUGAUCGACAAGUACUGUCCUGGAAUACUGAAGUGGUGAAACAGACGGCAGCGAUCUCAAUGAUGAAAACUAUAUGCUUUAUAUAAAACUAUAGCUGGGCUUAUCCUUAUCACAGAAUAUAUCCUUAGCAACUGUAUAUUUUAUCUUGUGCACACAUGUUCUAAAAAUGAAACUGGUGUAUAUGUAACCUAAUUGCGACACAUUUUCAAUAAAAACUUUAAAGAAAAA